AUGACCGACUUGUGUCAAGAGAAAGAUGCACAGAGUAAUUGCGAGGCGGCGGUGAAAAUGUCACUACAAGAGGACAGCACAAAUGCUGGCGCUUUCAUCGUUGCGACUUCAUUUCUAAUAUCAUCAUCUAAAUUUGACGAGGCGAAGAAAAUGCUCUCAGACGGAAAGAAACUCUGGUAUGAGAAAUACGAAGACUUCAUUUAUGAAAAAGUCGAAGUGCCGGAGGAGAACAGAAUCGACUCCGAGAAGAGAAUGAACGCCUGCAGAUACGCCAUCGAACUUGAAAUGUGGGACGAUGCGCUUCAAAUUGCCCGUCAAGUAGCUGAGGAAGAAGUAGAAGAUUGCGAAACACGAUAUUUCCUAGCGUAUGGUCUUUUCCGUAGGUGGAAAGAGAUGGUAGAAGACAAGAACUUUACAAAUCAAGAAGAAAUAAACGAUUACAAAAGAGACUGCUAUGAGGAAGCGAACGAGACACUUAGACUUGCGGAAGAAGCUGUGAAAAAACGUGAGCAAGGAGCCCGAGAAAUUCAAGAGGAAGUAAGGCAAAUGCUUGAAGAUCUUGGUCCCCCUCCUGAACCAGAAGCAGAAGAUCAAAUGGAUGACGAGAACGAAGAAGAAUGGGAAACGGACGAGGAAAUGAAUGAAUAA